AUGGUCUUCAAAAUAGAUCAAGCCGCUCUUCUACUUCGGGGGUUCUCGGCUUUUAGGAACGCAGGCUACAUUCUCAUUUGUCUGUUGAGUAUUGUACUCUUGCACGUCAUAUACGUGUGGUUUUUCUCUCCGCUUUGUCACAUCCCUGGACCAUUUCUCGCAAGGUUUACGCGGCUAUGGGAGUUCUGGAUGAUCGCCAAGGGAGACUCCCAUCAGAGGUGGGUUGAGCUGCAUGAGAAAUAUGGUCCUGUCGUCCGGAUUGCUCCCAACCUGUAUAGCUUUAGUGAGGUCGAGGAUAUGAAAGCGAUAUACUCACCAGGAAACAAACUACCUAAAACGACCUAUUACAAUACCGCAGGCGACCCAGAACGCAGAAACAUCUUCUCCAUGACCAAUGCUGACGAUCAUGCGCUUCGUAAGAGGAAGAUCUCGAACCUUUAUACAAUGACUAGCAUGAUCAACUACGAACCUGCGGUGGAUAAGAUGAAUGCUGUUCUGAUGGAGAAAUUCCGACAGUUCUGGCGGGAGAAUCGUACGGUCAUGAUUCCUCAAUUUGUUCAGUACUAUGCAUUUGAUGUGAUCGGUCAGAUUACGGUUGAUGAGAGCUUCGGUAUGAUGCAGAAGGAAGGCGACGCCGAAAACAUGCUAGAGACAGUCAAGAAGGCGACCUUGUAUCAAAACCUAGGAGGCAUUUUCCCAGAGUUUCACCCCUACUUUGUCAAGGUCAACAACCUUUUUCGAGUGCCUCAUGCUGGCGUUGUACUAGAGAGGGUUAGUCGCCGACAUCUUGAGCAUCACAAAACCCACCCCGUGGUAAACAACGACAAAAUUACUCAUGCUCAGCCUUUUGUGACAAAGUUGUUGAAAAUGGAGUCUGAGGGUAAAGUCGAUAUGCUAGAUAUGAUUGAUGGAAUAGGUGCAAACAUCGUGGCUGGAUCAGAUACAACUGCGAUUACGCUUUCAGCCGCUCUGUACUACCUGUAUCGGAUUCCUAAUGUCCUCUCGAAGCUUCGAAAAGAGAUUGGCGAUCUUGCUGCGGAUGGUCGGAUUUCAGACCCGGUCACUUUCAGCGAAGCACAAAACAUGCCCUAUCUGCAGGCUGUCAUUAUGGAGGCUUUGAGAAUCCAUCCAGCAGUUGGAUAUCUACUUCCCAGGAGGGUCAACAAAGAAGGUUUGCUCUUGGCGGGAACAUAUUUCCCUGAAGGCACUGAAGUUGGUGUUAACGCAUGGGCAUUGCACCAUAAUCCGCGCUUCUGUGGUCCAGAUUACCAAGAAUUCAAGCCAGAGCGCUGGUUCAACCAGGAGUAUCAAAGGAACCUACACCUUGCGAGCUCGUUCGCGUUCGGCGCCGGGUCGCGACUGUGCCUAGGCAAAAACGUCAGUCUCCUCGAGUUAACCAAGGUGAUACCACAAAUUGUCAGACAUUUCGACUUGGAAUUUGAAAAUCCAAAUGAAGGAUGGAAAUUGCUCACCACAUGGUUUGUAUGGCAAGACUAUAGAUGCUGGAUUAAGCCCAGAGUCGAGGCCCAAGCAUGA